AUAUCACAAAAGGACAUGCGUGAGGCAGGACGAAGGAGCGCAAUCAGUACGUCUCAGCUUGGGCUUUAUUCCGAUCACAGUGAUCGAUACAACAGAAAUCGAUACAGCUCUGUCACAAGGAAAUUUGCGAUUGGAGUUAUGGUAGUGGUUGUAGUGAUACUUGUUGCGAUAUUCUUAUACGACUUCACAUCCGCCACGUCGGUGAACAGCAAACUGAAUCAGGAAACAAAGCACAUCUACAUCCUGCAGAAUGCUCUGAAGAAACCUUUAAACAUCACAAAAAAGUUCUCCAUUUCCACCGUUUCGCCCGAAGUGAAUAGCACCAACUCUAUUCGCAUCGAGAAUCGCUCGGACAAUGAAAAUCCUGGGAAUCCUUUCUUCUACGAUGAGACGGACGAGUAUAAAGUACCCGAUGCCGAGAUCAGAUCUCAGAACUUGAAUAAUUUUAAAUUGCGCAAGAGAGUGCUGAAAUCCAUCGAAAACAAGGAGGAAGAAGCGGAGGGCAAACAGUUGUUCGACAAUCAUGCUCUCGUCUAUCGUGUGAGGCAACGGUACAAGCACCCAGAUUCGAACGAAGACAUGGAAAGUUCAGAAGAGAGCCGACCAGUUCCUUUCCAUUGGGAAUUGAAGACUCCUCAGCCAACCUCGUUCAAACGACAAAGGUAUCCUCAGCUGUCACAGUACAGGUAUCCCCAUGCCUCUAGGAACAUUCAAGAGAUCAUUAAAUAUUUGACGAAUGAUGCUGACGUGCCGAAUCGAGGCAUCAAAUUCACCGGUGUCUACGUGAAUCCGAAGAAGUACGACUUGAUUCCUGAACUUGGUGGGAUGAUGUCCAACAGCGACAGGUCAGAAGAGGACGAUGGUUCUUACUCGGUGAACGAAGAUCCGUUUUAUCAGUACAAACCCAAACAUCCGGCUGACGUGAAUCUGCUGGCCACGUCGAACUUCAGGUUCUCCCCAACUGGACUUCACAGAUACAAUUACGACGCGUAUGGACGUCCAGUGAAUUACAACAAAGCACCAUCACCCGAUGCUCAAUAUGAAAAUUCCGGUUCCUAUUCGAACAGUUACUCGAAGAGGAGAAAGCCAAAGCCGUUUAGUGUCAUGUUGGAUAUUUAUCCAAUUACAGACAUCGUGGAACAAAAUAAAAAAAUCACAAGGCCGAGACAGGUGCCUGUAGAAGACUAUGAAUUAAGAAGACCGAUUCAGUAUAAUAGAGGGCCGAAAUUUUACGCGCCACCCCCUCAGUCUGUGACAGGGAUGUCUACGCAAGCAAUGACCGAUGAAGAAGAGAGACAGCAAAUGAUAUUCCAUUUGAAUUUAUAUCCCAGAAAGAAGAACAAGAUGAGCAGGCAUGAUAUAAUUCAAAGAUCGGAAUCAAUGGAUCCUGAAGAGCAACAGCAAUUCGUGAACAAAGUUUGGUCACCUUUGGAGACGAUCGCCAAACACCUGGCUGUUGAGCGAUCAAAAUUCGUGGACAACGAGAUGGAGGACAAUUUAGCCUCCAUUCGGUAUCAAGAAACUACUCUUGAUAAUGAAAAUGAAACGAGAAAGUUUGAUCAAAUGAACGAUUCUUCGAGCCAAAAUGAUUCCAUCCCAUCUAAUCAUAAAUCUAUUAUCGAAGAAGAUUUUGGGAGCACAGAGAAAUACGAGUAUGAGGCCCAAAAAAUCGUGGGCACCACUACAGAAAGCAAGUGCGAUGACUGUAAUACUACUAUCAGUUUAGAUGAAACGACUACUAAUGAAACAAAAAGUGCUGAAGUUUCGAAAGAUGUUGACACUAUUGAAGGAUUCAAACGAUUCAGCGAUAGCAUCUCUAAAACCAAUUAA